CUGCAUCCGCACCACCACAGACGUCGCUUGCAUGCGAUGCGCAAGGGAACCGCCGCCCUCAAGCGUCAGCAGGUGGCGCAGCUGCGCCAACACCACCAACAGCUGCUGGCCGCCGCCCCGGAGCUCGCACUGGCCUCCUCCUCGCGCCUGGCUGCGGCCCUGAUCUCGUCGGCGGUGGCCCUGAGCGCCUCGUCCUCGAGCAUUGUAAAUAAUCAUCACCACGGCCAUAUGCAGCAGCCGCCACAGGCACGCCAUCACCAUCAUCCGGCAACAUCUCACAGGCAUCAUCACCAUCACCACCACCACUCACAUCACCACUCGCACCACCAUCAUCAGUGUCGCUCGAAACGCAAACUGCAGAAAUUGUAUUAUACGCUUUGCCGUUAGAUCUGUAACUUAACUAUAUCUAUGUAUACUUGUAUGAGAGAAUGUUUCUUAGAACCACCAGCAUCAUCAGCACCUAGCCUAAGUCGAUUCACGCCUGUCACGACCCCUAUUGUAUGUCCAGAGCUUCGUACCUCCUAUUUGUAUAUGUAUUUAUUUAUUCCAAUUUUUUUUCGUAUUCCUACGCAUCUCAUUUUCGUAAUUGUCCCCAAACUGAAAGAACAAUCUCAUCAGUGCAAUAAUAUACAUACAUCUAAAAAUAUAUAUUGAUAUAUAUAAAUUUAUAUAUAUAUAUUAAUAUGCUGAUUUUAAAAUCGUCUCUUAUUUUAUACAAACACUCCAAUCUAUUUAUUUGUAAUUGAAAAAGAUUUGUGAUUUACGCACAUGAUAUGAACUUCGCAGAGCAUCCACUGUAAUUGUAGCGUGUCUCAAGCAAUUUUCGUUUUAAGUACCCCAAGGAAUUUAUAUAUCACCCGCACACAAGCAUUAACCUAACCAGCCUAGAACACACACACCCCACAAAGCCCUCUGAUUAAGUAUUACUUAGCGUAUGUAAGCCUUACUUUAAGUUGCAACUGGCAAGAAAACCACAACAAAAUGUACUUUACUUAGGCCGAUCCUCAGUUUCGAUCGCGAACUGGGGUCAAAGUAUCAAAUUUGUGAGACGAGAAUCCGCAAUAGCAAUCUUCUCGUCCAGGCAUAGUAUACGUAGUUUUAUCUGAUUGUGCUGGGCAAGUCAAUGAAGUAGAGCUGCAGAAAAACCUAUAGUACUAUCGAUAAUAUCGAUUGUAUUUUGAUAAUAUUAAUAGUACUAUCGAUAAUAUCGCGAUAGUGUUACAAACAUGGUGCUACCAUCGAUGUUUUUGCAGCCAUACAAUAAAGUACUCAAUGCGAAUAAAGUGAAUUUUGCCAAGUCAGAUCCGAAAAAUAAUUGUAAUGGCGCGCGUUCCUUAAACUAAAUAUAUCGAUAUGGAGAUUAUUACCGCUUCCGCUUAUCCAACAGACAAGGCAGAGACAGCAAAACCGAGAGAAUCCAAUUAAACUUAUAGUGCAUAUAAGGGAAUAAUUACACAAAAUUUCGUACCUUUGUAGAAUUUGCAGUUCAAAAUUGCUUUAGAGUUUGUCGGUGUACAUUUUACGGAUUAAAUUGCACGAUUUUAGGCAAGAAACCUAUUAACUAAAAAUACAGACGGCCAUACCAUUUUAAUGAGUAUGUAGAUGUAAAUUAAACAUUAUAAAUGAGAACGCUGCGAAUUUGAAACCAAAAAAGUUCAGUGAAAGUCAAAAAAGAAAACCCAAAAGAAUUCCCCAUGUAAAUUCUACUGAUUUUUGUGGUCUGGUAAUAAAAUGAAUAAGCAUACA